AUGGCGUGGCCUGGCUACGACCGGGUGAUUGUUGCGGGCACUGGCCUCUGGAUUGCCGGAUUGGCCGUGGCGUUGCACUUCUAUCUCAAGCAAUGGACCGACGAGGCCGAAGUCAAGCCCCCCCAGCCCAAGACUCAAUACAUCACCCAAGAUACCGAGGAUUCGCUGAAAACCAAGACACUCGACACACUGCUUGGCCAUUACAACUACGCGAUUCGGGAUACGGCAUCCAAGAUCGUUUGUGACCGAGCUGUCAACGAUGAGUUAACUGUCGAGACACUUCUACGGGGCAUCACUCGUCCCGACUACGACGAGCGCAUGAAGAAUCUACGCGCCCUGGCCAUCAUCACAGACCCUCAAAGCCUCCCACUGCUCAAUAACGAGAAGGCAUGCGCCGCCCUGGUCAGGUCGCUGGAACUAUCGCUCGACCCAGAGCAGGAGACACUAAACCAUGAGUACUGGGACGAAUACGCGAUGCGAGACAUGACAGAGAAGCUCUGCCUUAUGUUUAUCAGUCAGCUGAUGAACCGGUACGGCCCCGAAAACAUCGUCAAGGCCAAGUUUGUCGAGAAAUGGCUCGCCAAGCAAAAUUGGGGAGCCUCGAAGGAGGAGAGACUUCGCAACUUCAACCACCACAUAGCCCGACGUCGCAAUCGUAUUGCGGAUAUCGCUGGCAGAAUCAAAAACUAUCCGUCCGGCAAGGACGCACUGGACAAGGUCGGGCUGUACUCGGACGAUGCAGACGAGGACCUUGGCCAAGAGGUGGGAUCGGGAACUCAGUUCAAUAUGAUUCUUCCUGUUAACCUAGACAGUUUGGCGGAAGAUGACCCGGCUCGGAUUUUGCUUCAGAGCCUUCAGACCGUGGACGAACAACGAACUAGGAAUCGGAACCGCGAGGCCAUGGUCCUCAACGACGGGAGCCGCCCAUUCAACAGCGACGAUAUCAUCCAGCCGAAUCUUGGGUCGCCCUUGGGCUAG